UCUCAGGACCUUGUCUCCAGCCACGAUGCUAGCGACUCAUGCCGUUCGUUCGGCGAUCGCGAUCCUCUUGCUGGCGAUCCUACCCACCCUGGGAAGUUACUCCUAUCGGCAGGGAGGGUCAAGUAGCAAUGGGGGUGGCGGAGAGGUGCGAUAUAUAAAGAAAUCAUCUUCCUCAUCGGGCUCGCAAAGUUAUCCAGCAAACACUGUUUUUAUGCAACAGCAGCAGAGAACAAGGCCUGGUGGUGUACAGUAUAUACGGCAGACUUCGUCAUCCGGCGGGUCUCAAAGGAUCCCCGGCAAGACUUACUACAUUCAGGGAGGUACCCAACGACUGCCUGGCAAGACCUACUACAUCCAGGAAAGGAGAAGAUACAGCGGAGGUAGCGGAAGUGGAGGUGCUGGUGGAGCAAAAACUUUCUUCAUCCAGAAAUCAUCUUCGUCUGCCUCAUCUUUUGACUGGUCUAAGCAGGAUGGAGAGACCCUGAAGGAAUACUUGACGAGGCUACAGACGGCGGGUAAACGGCCUUCAGUCGCCGACUUCAACAAACUGCUCCAGCGUGGAAGUACCGAGUCCGAAGCCGACUACAGGGAGAGAAUAGACUGGGUGAAACAUCUAUACCCCACCCUGCCUUGGUCUCAGACGUACUUCGAUACUGCUCAAGGCGCCUACGUCUACAGCACUGAACAAUUCCUAUCCAAUGACAACCCGCUGAGAGAGAAGUACUUGAAGCGCUACUCGCGCCAGCCAGGACAGUCGACUACGGACUACUACGCGAAGCUACUGGAGUUGUACGAGGGAGAGAGCGGGGCGCAGUACGAGGAAAGGAUACGAGCCUUGAAGGAGCUGUUCCCUGAAGCCGACUGGGCCAAUGUCAUCUAUGACAAUGCCAAGAAGCAGUACGUGUGGCAGCCGGUGGGUAGCGGACUCGACCAGUGGUUGGUUAUGUCCAAGACCUGGCGCAAGAAGUCUGGAGCGUGGAGCGCUUGGGCGGGUCAAGAGAGCGAGGACUCCUAUCUGCGGCAGAUGUACGAGCGGCAGCCGGGCGAAGGAGAGGCGGACUAUUGGAAGCGUCUGCUGGCCCGGAAUCCAGACGACACGGACGCGUCCUACAACACAAGGAAUAUGCGGCUCAGACUCCUGUUCCCGGAGCUGGACUGGAUGAACGUCAAGUGGGACCAGAAGUCCGGUACAUACGUCCAUACGUCGUCCACCACCACGAACUACUGGACCAAGCGGGAUGACGAGACCUGGGAGGAGUACUAUUGGCGACUGUACCCCGUCGUGGACGGAGAGACAGACCAUCAGUAUCUGCUCAAGCUGCUCAGGAGGUUCGAUGGAGAGUCUGACGACUCGUACAAACAGCGCAUAGAGAACCUGAAGACUGUGUUUGUGUACGCGCCUUGGGACCACAUCUCGUACGAUGAGACGACCAAGAGCUACGUGUUCGAUGAGAAGGUUCCCAUAAGUGACAAUGUGAGGAGUGCAAUCAUCAAUGGAAAAGAGUACACCGUGUCCUGGGUGCGGCGACCGGACGAGACCGAUCUCGAGUACUACCGCAGAGUGUGUGCCAAGUACGACACUGAGACUUACAUGGAGUACUGGCUAAGGAUCCUGCGCAGACUGCCCGGAGAGACUGAGGAUGGGUACAAGGCGAGAAUAGAGAAGCUGAAGACGGUGCUGGACUACGCGCCUUGGGACCACGUCACCUUCGAUCAGAACAAGCACGAGUUCGUGUUCGACAACAAGGUUCCUGUCGACUCCUCGGUCAGCUAUGUGGAGCUUGACGGCAAUGAGUACUCGUGGAACAAACGAUGGGACGAGACCUGGGAAGAGUACUACUGGCGACUGUACAAUGUCGUGGACGGAGAGACAGACCAACAGUACCUGCUCAAACUGCUCAGGAGGUUCGACGGAGAGUCUGAUGAGUCGUACAAGCAACGCAUAGAGAAACUGAAGACGGUGUAUGUGUACGCGCCUUGGGACCACAUCUCCUACGAUGACACGACCAAGAGCUAUGCGUUUGACGGAACGGUCCCGAUCAGCGAUAAUAUCAGAGAUUCCGUUAUCGAGGGAAAAGAGUGGACGGUGACUUGGCUGAGGCGUGAAGGGGAGACUGACAAUCAGUACUAUAGCCGGCUGUACAGCAAGGGCGACAGUGAGACUGAGGAACAGUACUGGCUGAGGAUCCUCAGGAGACUACCCGGAGAGGAUGAGGAUACGUACAAGGCCAGGAUCGAGUCUCUCAAGACUGUCUUCACCAACGCACCUUGGGAUCACGUGACCUACGAUGAGGAUAAGGAUCAGUUCAUCUUCGACAACAAAGUCCCGAUCACAUCUUCGGUCAGGGAUGUAACUGUCAACGGACAACAGAUUACGCUUGGAAACUUCUGGACUCGUUUGCCUGGCGAGAGCGAGAAAGACUACUACAGUCGCCUGUACCCGGUGGAGACAGACGAGACAGCCACAGACUACCUGCGGGACCUGCUGUCUCGGCGCACUGAAGAGACAGAGGAGGAAUACCAGAACAGGAUACAACAGCUGAAACAGGUCUACAAGAAUGUGCCCUGGAACUCUGUAACCUACAACCAGAAGACAGGCCAGUACCAGGUGGACAGCACUGCGACCGUCGACGACAAGAUCUUCACCGUCACUGUGGACGGCCAGGAGGAAGAGUUGAAGAAACCCAGCUCUACGACCAGUGAUUCGUCUACUACCAGCGAAUCAUCGACGUCCACUACAUCUGAGCAGAGCGAAGAGAGCACAACUCAGUCAGAAGAUAAGUCGUCAUCAACCACCACGUCAUCAAGCACGACCACAGACAAAGGAAACGAUGACGGAAAUGGCUCAACGUCAGAAACUACGAAAACGGUAACCACAACAACAUCUGACGGUACCAACGGAGACUCCACCGUGACCGACAGUUCAAGGAGCCAAACGCAGACCAGCAGUGAUGAAACGAAGAGCGCUUCUGACGGCACAACAACAACAGCUGCUCCAACCACUGGUGCUCCCUCCACAGCCGCUCCAACCACAGGUGCUCCCUCUACAGCUGCUCCAACCACAAGUGCUCCCUCCACUGCCGCUCCAACCACAGGUGCUCCCUCCACAGCUGCUCCAACUACAGCUGCUCCCACUACUGCUGCAAGCGACACUUCUACUUCUACUUCUGAGAAUGAGCAGACGACAAGGAGUGAGGGAGAAGAGACUACUACAAGUGACAAGAGCUCCUCAACUUCUGAACAGACAACAACCACGGAGAGCGAGACCUCUGAAUCGAAGACCAGCAGCGAUGGAACGGACAACGCAGGUGCCGGCACAACAACAGCCGCUCCUUCCACAGCAGCUCCCACGACAGGUGCUCCCUCCACAGCAGCUCCCACGACAGGUGCUCCCUCCACAGCCGCUCCCACUACAGCUGCUCCAACUACAGCAGCGAGCGACACAGGCUCAUCCACUUCUGAUAAGGAGACAACGAGGACUGUAGAGGACGAGACUACAACAACCGCAGCUCCGGACACAACCGGUGACUCAGGCUCUUCAACUUCUGGACAGACAACAACCUCAGAUACUUCUGGCUCUAAGACGACUGUGGAAAAAUCCACAACAACAUCGGAAGAUGCAAGCUCAGCAACCUCACAGCAAAAUGCAUCGAAGAAGACAACGACAACUACAACUACGUCUACUACUUCUAAGACUAACGGCGAUGGAACGAGUAACGCUCCUGAUGGUACAACUACAGCUGCACCAGCAACUACAGCUGCACCAGCAACUACAGCUGCACCCGCAACUACAGCUGCACCCACAACUACAGCUGCACCCGCAACAACGGCCUCAUCUACAACUGAGGAGGAGAAAACGAGGACGGUAGAGGAUGAGACAACAACCGCAGCUCCGGAUACAACCGGUGACUCGGGCUCCUCAACCUCUCAACAGACAACAACCACCAAGACCGAGACCUCAACCUCUGACUCCAGCUCUCAGACCAGCAGCGAUGGAACAGACAACGCGUCUGCCGGCACAACAUCCGCUCCAACCACAGCUGCUCCUUCCACAGCCGCUCCAACCACAGGUGCUCCCUCCACAGUUGCUCCAACCACAGGUGCUCCCUCCACAGCCGCUCCAACUACAGCUGCGAGCGAGACGGGCUCAUCCACAUCGGAGACUUCUACUUCUGACAAGGAGACAACAAGGACUGUGGAGGAUGAGACUACAACAACCGCAGCUCCGGACACAACCGGUGACUCAGGCUCCUCAACCUCUCAACAGACAACAAUCACAGAUGGAUCUGGCUCUAAGACGACUGUGGACGAAUCAACUACAACAUCAGAGGAUACAAGCUCUAAAGCCUCACAGCAAAAUGCAUCGAAGAAGACAACGACAACAACAACAACAACUACAUCUACUUCUUCUAAGACUAACGGCGAUGGAACGGGCAACGCUCCUGAUGGUACAAAUACAGCUGCACCCACAACUACAGCUGCACCCGGAACUACAGCCGCGCCCGCAACUACAGCUGCACCCGGAACUACAGCUGCACCCGGAACUACAGCUGCACCUGCAACAACGGCCUCAUCUACAACUGUUACUGGCGAGGAGACAACGAGGACGGUAGAGGAUGAGCCGACAACCGCAGCUCCGGACACAACCGGUGACUCGGGCUCCUCAACCUCUCAACAGACAACAACCACCAAGACCGAGACCUCCACCUCUGACUCCAGCUCUCAGACAACCGGUGCGUCUGACGGCGCUACCACCACAGCUGCUCCAACUACAGCUGCUCCUUCCACAGCCGCUCCCACUACAGGUGCUCCCUCCACAGCUGCUCCAACUACAGGUGCUCCCUCCACAGCUGCUCCAACCACAGGUGCUCCCUCCACAGCUGCACCAACUACAGCCGCGAGUAAGACGGAGACAUCUACAUCUGAUUCGGAGACAACGAGGACGGUAGAGGACGAGACAACAACCGCAGCUCCGGGCACAACCGGAGACUCGGGCUCCUCAACCUCUCAACAGACAACAACCACUGAGACCUCAACCUCUGGCUCUAAGCCCUCAACUGAUGGACCUACCAACACAGGAGCUACAGACAGUGGUAGUAAAACGAGCAAGACAACCACGACGACCACACACCAGUCUACAAGCAAAACCUCGUCUUCUGACACCAAGUCUUCAGCCUCUCAGUCCACUGAAUCUUCUUCUUCUACAACAUCGCACUCUAAGACCAACACUGCCGGAGAAAGUGAUAAGACUGACGAAACAACCAAAGCUCCUAGUGACACUGGUUCUUCUACAACGACCGUCACUUCGUCUGAGACAUCAAGAAGUGUCGACGAGACUACAACAACAACAACAACCGCAGCUCCUGACACAACCAGCGAUACGAGCUCCUCAACCUCUCAACAGACAACAACCACUGAUACCUCAACCUCUGGCUCUAAGACAAGCAGUGACGGUACGGGCAGCCCAACGACCACUUGCGCUCCAACAACAGCGGCGAGUGACUCUGCAACCGAUACAUCGACUUCUACUUCUGAGAAAGAGACAACAAGGACUGUGGAGGACGAGACUACAACAACAACCGCAGCUCCAGGCACAACCAGUGAUCCGAACUCCUCAACCUCUCAACAGACAACAACCACAGAGACCUCAACCUCUGGCUCUAAGACCACACCUGAUGGAACAUCAGCUCCCAGUGGCGAUGUAACAACAACAAAGGCUCCGGACACAAUUACUGUAGAUGUUUCUUCUCUGGGCAAUGAUGGUGACGCGUCCACCAUUAUCACUUCUCUUGACCAAUCAAAGACUCCAACUUCAGGCUCUCAGAAAACCGAGACGACAACAACUACGACUACUUCCGGAUCCAGCAGCGGAGAUAGCACUUCCGCCAGGAGUGUGGACGAGAGCGUUCCCGUGGUAACAUCACCAGCUGACUCUGGAUAUUCUUCGUCAAGUUCUACAACCACAAAAACACGAAAGAAGGUCGUAAAGGCGACAACCAAGCAAUCUUCGUCAUCGUCAUCUUCGACAAAAAGUAAGAGUACCUCUUCAGAACAGUCUUCAACAGGAGAUGUAACAGCGCCGACAACUCCCGCGUCAGCUCCAACAUCGUCACCGACAUCUGCACCUGGAACCUCUUCCUCAUCUUCUACGGACUCUAGCCGCUCGGUUACAACUUCGACCACAUCCAAGGACAGUCAGACUUCUGACGGUACUAGCAGCUCUGGCUCGACUUCGUCCCAGACAACCACUACUGGGUCCCAGGUUGGGAAUAAGGAAGACUUCUGUAUAAAGAUGUACGAAAAACAACCGUAUGAAACAGAAGACGAGUAUUAUACUAGGAUUCUAAAGAAAUAUGAACUUGAAGAUAACGAGAAUUACGCCAAGAGAAUUUGCAAAGUCGAGAAAUCUCUGCCAGGACUUCCAAUUUGGAAUAAUAAAGCAGCACUCCACUUUACAAAAAGAUAUUACGACGUAAAGUUAAAGCCAAGACCAGGUGAAACUAAAGUCAAAUAUGACGCAAGAGUGUUAACGCGACCUGACGGUUUCACAGACGAACAAUACCAGAAAAAAGUUAAAUUUGUUCGAAACUACUUUAAAAAGAAUGGAGACGAUGGGGAUGGAUUUGAGUGUGAUGAACCUAAAAAUACAGAAAAUAGUAAAAAUGCAGGAAAUAACGACCAAACAAUUACAACUGAAGAAAGCACAAAGCAAAUCACUAGAACUCUUGAAGAAGAGCCAGUAAUCACCACUACACCAGGUCCAGCUACCACAUCAGCUCCAACUACGACAUCGGCUCCAACUACGACAUCAGCGCCAACUACCACAUCAGCUCCAACUACUACCGCAGAUCCAACUGCCAAGGCAGCCCCAACGACAACCGCUGCACCAACGACCGCAGCUGCAGAUUCGUACACUCAAUCAGAGACUCAAAAGACUACCAGAACUUUGGUAGAACACACAACAGACUAUUCAGAGAAUACAUCUUCGGAGAAUAAACGUGGAGUAGAAGAUCCAAAAACAACUCCAGCUCCAACUACUACAGCAGCACCAACAACUACAGCAGCACCAACAACUACAGCAGCUCCAACAACUACAGCAGCUCCAACAACUACUGCAGCUCCAACAACUACUGCAGCUCCAAAAACAUCUGCUCCACCAACAACUGCGGCUGCUGAAUCUGAAAUAAAAUCAUAUACUGAGACUAAGACGCAAAAAACUACCAGGACUUUAGAGGAGCACACAACUGAUUACUCAGAGAAUAAAUCUUCGGAGAAUAAACGUGGAGUUGAAGAUCCUAAAACUACUCCGGCUCCAGCUACCACAGCAGCUCCAACAACCACUGCAGCUCCAACUACCACUCCAGCUCCAACAACUACUGCGGCUCCAAAAACCACAGCAGCUCCAACAACUACUGCAGCUCCAAAAACAUCUGCUCCACCAACAACUGCGGCUGCUGAAUCUGAAAUAAAAUCAUAUACUGAGACUAAGACGCAAAAAACUACCAGGACUUUAGAGGAGCACACAACCGAUUACUCAGAGAAUAAAUCCUCGGAAAACAAGCGUGGAGUUGAAGAUCCUAAAACUACUCCUGCUCCAACCACUACAGCCGCUCCAACAACUACUGCGGCCGCAACAACUACAGCAGCUCCAACAACCACAGGAGUCCCAACAACCACAGCAGCCCCAACAACUACUGCGGCUCCAACAACUACUGCCACCCCAACAACUGCAGCUGCUGAAUAUGAAAUAGAAGCGUACACUCAGACUAAGACUCAAAAGACUACCAGGACUUUAGAGGAACACUCAACUGAUUACUCGGAAAACAAAUCAUCGGAAAGUAAGCGAGGAGUUGAAGAUCCUAAAACUACUCCGGCUCCAGCUACUACAGCAGCUCCAACAACCACUGCAGCUCCAACUACCACUCCAGCUCCAACAACUACUGCGGCUCCAAAAACCACAGCAGCCCCAACAACUACUGCCGCCCCAACAACUGCAGCUGCUGAAUAUGAAAUAGAAGCGUACACUCAGACUAAGGUUCAAAAGACUACCAGGACUUUAGAGGAACAAUCAACUGAUUACUCGGAAAACAAAUCCUCGGAUAGUAAGCGAGGAGUUGAAGAUCCUAAAACUACUCCGGCACCAGCUACCACAGCAGCUCCAACCACUACCGCGGCUGCAACAACUACAGCAGCUCCAACAACUACAGCUGCCCCUACAACCGCUGCCGCCCCAACAACUGCAGCUGCUGAAUAUGAAAUAGAAGCGUACACUCAGACUAAGACUCAAAAGACUACCAGGACUUUAGAGGAACACUCAACUGAUUACUCGGAAAACAAAUCCUCGGAAAAUAAGCGAGGAGUUGAAGAUCCUAAAACUACUCCGGCUCCAGCUACAGCAGCUCCAACAACUACCGCGGCUCCAACAACUACUGCGGCUCCAAAAACCACAGCAGCCCCAACAACUACUGCCGCCCCAACGACCGCUGCUGCACCAACAACUGAAGCUGUUGAAUACGAAAUAGAAGCUUACACUCAGACUAAGACUCAAAAAACUACCAGGACUUUGGAAGAACAUACUAAUGAAGUCUCAGAAAAUAAAUCAUCCUCGCACGGAGAUGGAUAUAAUGAACAUAUAACUUCAGGCAUUGGUGCUUCUGCAACCACAACUGCAAAACCUUCGGAAAGUUCUGAAGAAUCUAAAACCUCUACUCGUACGAUAGAAGAAAGCACCUCUACUACCGAAGAAGAGAAACGUCCUGGAGAAACUAUAGAAGAUUAUUACAAAAGAGUGUAUCCACAGAAGGACAACGAGACAGACGAGGAGUACAAGAAGCGAGUGUUCACCAAAAGAACGGACGAAACCGUAGAGGAAUUCAUAACUCGCAUAACAACUUUAAAAAAGAUAUUUUCAAAGUCUAAGAUUUGGACGGAAGGAAGUGACCUGAAGUAUUCCCAACAGUACUAUAAACUUCUGUACGAUCCAAAGCCUGGUGAGGACGAGGAAACUUAUUUCAACCGUCUCACAGCACGAGAUGAUGGAGAGGACGCUACGGCUUACAAACAAAAGAUUAUGAUACUUCAAAACCUCUACCCGGAAUCAUCAUUGUGGACUAACGAUAAAUAUAAACAGAUUAUAGAAACCAACUCCAUAGAUGAAAAUGUACAACAACCUGGAGAAACCAAAGACGACUUCUAUAAACGUGUCUACGCCCAGAAACCUGGCGAGUCCAAUGAUGACUACAAGAAACGCGUCUACACGAAGAGGACUGACGAAACCGAUGAGGAGUAUGUGACUAGGAUUACAACACUGAGGAAGAUGUUCCCAGACUCCCCAGCCUGGAUUGAUGACGGAAACUAUACAGACUCCGGUGACUACUACAAACUGCUGUACAAACAGCUGCCGGGAGAGACAAACGAGGACUACUACACCAGGCUGACCAAGAGAGACGUGGGGGAAGACGCCAAAACCUACAAGCAGAAGGUAGCGAAUAUUCUGAACGUUUUACCAGACCUUCCGAUGUGGAAAGAUGAUAAAUACUUGAAAACCAUUGCAGAGAAUUCUCUAGAGGAAGAUGAACAAAGACCAGGAGAAUCCACUGAGGACUUCUAUAAACGUGUCUACGCCCAGAAACCUGGCGAGUCCAAUGAUGACUACAAGAAACGCGUCUACACGAAGAAGACUGACGAAACUGAUGAGGAGUAUGUGACUCGGAUUACAACACUGAGAAAGAUGUUCCCUGACUCCCCAGCCUGGACUGAUGAUGAUAGCUUGACAUACUCCAGUGACUACUACAAACUGCUGUACAAACAGCAGCUAGGAGAGACGGACGAAGAAUACUACACCAGGCUGACCAAGAGAGACGCUGGCGAGGACGCCAAAACGUACAAGAAGAAAAUCGAGACCAUCCAGAAGGUGUACCCUGAUUUGGCAAUGUUUAAGGAUGAUAAAUAUGUGAAAACCAUUACUGAGAAUUCUUUAGAGGAAGAUGAACAAAGACCAGGAGAAUCCACUGAGGACUUCUAUAAACGCGUCUACGCCCAGAAACCUGGUGAGUCCAAUGAUGACUACAAGAAACGCGUCUACACGAAGAGGCCUGACGAAACUGAUGAGGAGUAUGUGACUAGGAUUACAACACUGAGGAAGAUGUUCCCAGACUCCCCAGCCUGGACUGAUGACGAUAGCUUGACAUACUCCAGUGACUACUACAAACUGCUGUACAAACAGCAGCUAGGAGAGACGGACGAAGAAUACUUCACCAGGCUGACCAAGAGAGACGCGAGUGAGGACGCAAAAACGUAUAAGAAGAAAAUCGAGACCAUCCAGAAGGUGUACCCUGAUUUGGCAAUGUUUAAGGACGAUAAAUAUUUAAAAACCAUUACUGAGAAUUCUCUAGAGGAAGAUGAACAAAGACCAUGGGAAUCCACUGAGGACUUCUAUAAACGCGUCUACGCCCAGAAACCUGGCGAGUCCAAUGAUGACUACAAGAAACGCGUAUACACGAAGAAGACUGACGAAACUGAUGAGGAGUAUGUGACUCGGAUUACAACACUGAGAAAGAUGUUCCCUGACUCCCCAGCCUGGACUGAUGACGAUAGCUUGACAUACUCCAGUGACUACUACAAACUGCUGUACAAACAGCAGCUAGGAGAGACGGACGAGGAAUACUUCACCAGGCUGACCAAGAGAGACGAGGGGGAAGACGCCAAAACCUACAAGAAGAAAAUUGAGACCAUCCAGAAGGUGUACCCUGAUUUGGCAAUGUUUAAAGAUGAUAAAUAUGUGAGAACCAUUGCAGAGAAUUCUCUAGAGGAAGAUGAACAAAGACCUGGUGAGUCUAAUGAGGACUUCUAUAAACGUGUCUACGCCCAGAAACCUGGCGAGUCCAAUGAUGACUACAAGAAACGCGUCUACACGAAGAAAACUGACGAAACUGACGAGGAGUAUGUGACUCGGAUUACAACACUGAGAAAGAUGUUCCCUGACUCCCCAGCCUGGACUGAUGACGAUAGCUUGACAUACUCCAGUGACUACUACAAACUGCUGUACAAACAGCAGCUAGGAGAGACGGACGAAGAAUACUUCACCAGGCUGACCAAGAGAGACGAGGGGGAAGACGCCAAAACCUACAAGAAGAAAAUUGAGACCAUCCAGAAAGUUUACCCUGAUUUGGCAAUGUUUAAAGAUGAUAAAUAUGUGAGAACCAUUGCAGAGAAUUCUCUAGAGGAAGAUGAACAAAGACCAUGGGAAUCCACUGAUGACUUCUAUAAACGCGUCUACGCACAGAAACCUGGUGAGUCCAAUGAUGACUACAAGAAACGCGUCUACACGAAGAAGACUGACGAAACUGACGAGGAGUAUGUGACUCGGAUUACAACACUGAGAAAGAUGUUCCCUGACUCCCCAGCCUGGACUGAUGAUGAUAGCUUGACAUACUCCAGUGACUACUACAAACUGCUGUACAAACAGCAGCUAGGAGAGACGGACGAAGAAUACUUCACCAGGCUGACCAAGAGAGACGAGGGGGAAGACGCCAAAACCUACAAGAAGAAAAUUGAGACCAUCCAGAAAGUUUACCCUGAUUUGGCAAUGUUUAAAGAUGAUAAAUAUGUGAGAACCAUUGCAGAGAAUUCUCUAGAGGAAGAUGAAAAAAGACCAUGGGAAUCCACUGAGGACUUCUAUAAACGUGUCUACGCCCAGAAACCCGACGAGUCCAAUGAUGAUUACAAGAAACGCGUCUACACGAAGAGGCCUGACGAAACUGACGAGGAGUAUGUGACUCGGAUUACAACACUGAGAAAGAUGUUCCCAGACUCCCCAGCCUGGACUGAUGAUGAUAGCUUGACAUACUCCAGUGACUACUACAAACUGCUGUACAAACAGCAGCUAGGAGAGACGGACGAAGAAUACUUCACCAGGCUGACCAAGAGAGACGAGGGGGAAGACGCCAAAACCUAUAAGAAGAAAAUUGAGACCAUCCAGAAGGUGUACCCUGAUUUGGCAAUGUUUAAAGACGAUAAAUAUGUGAAAAUCAUAACUGAGAAUUCUCUAGAAGAAGAUGAACAAAGACCAUGGGAAUCCACUGAGGACUUCUAUAAACGCGUCUACACCCAGAAACCUGACGAGUCCAAUGAUGACUACAAGAAACGCGUCUACACGAAGAGGCCUGACGAAACUGAUGAGGAGUAUGUGACUCGGAUUAAAACACUGAGGGAGAUGUUUCCAGACUCUCCAGCCUGGACUGAUGACGAUAGCUUGACAUACUCCAGCGACUACUACAAACUGCUGUACAAACAGCAGCUAGGAGAGACGGAUGAGCACUACUACACCAGGUUGACUACAAGAGACUCUAGCGAGGACGCCAAAACCUACAAGAAGAAAAUCGGGAUUGUCCAGAAGGUGUACCCUGAUUUGGCAAUGUGGAAAGAUGAUAAAUAUUUAAAAAUUAUUGCAGAGAAUUCUCUAGAGGAGGAUGAGCAAAAGCCCGGAGAGAGUACCGAGGACUUCUACAAACGAGUCUACGCGCAGAAAGCCACAGAGUCUGACGACGAUUACAAGAAGCGGGUGUACACGAGAAGACCGGACGAGACAGAUGAGGCGUACGUCGCACGCAUCAACUCUCUGAGGAAUCUGUUCCCUGAGUCGUCCAUCUGGACUGAGGACAGCGCUCUCACCUACUCCGAGGACUACUACAAGCUCCUGUACAAGCGUGUGGAUGGUGAGGACGACGAUACCUACUACAGCCGGCUGGUAGCCAAGGGGGAUGAUGAAGAUAUCCAGAAAUAUAAACAAAAAAUUAGAAUCCUUCAACAAGUUUAUCCUGACCUGUCAAUGUGGAAAGACGACAAAUAUUUGAACAUAAUUAAGGUGAACUCAGAAGAUGGACCUGCCACUCGUGACACUUCUGACGAGUACUACUUGAAUACUUACGCACAAAAGCCUACAGAGAGCGACAGUGACUACAAGAAACGGGUUUACACGCGGUUGACCGGAGAGUCCGACGCGGAUUACGUAACAAGGAUAUCGACUCUGAGGAGACUGUUCUCCACGAGUAGGAUCUGGGUAGAGGACGAGGACCUGACAUACUCCGAGGACUACUACAGACUCCUGUACCAGCAGAUGCCCGGGGAGGACACUGACACCUACUACGCCAGACUAGUAGCUCCUCAGCCGGACGAGAGUGACGCCAGCUACGUGGCGAGGUUAAACAUCAUCAAACAAGUCUACCCCGACCUGCCUCUCUGGUACGAGGAGAAGUACCUGAAGUACGUCACCAAGUACUACCUACUGAAGUACGCCAAGCAACCGUCUGAAACCGACAGCGAGUAUUACGUACGGCUUUUGAAGCAAGAAAAGGGAGAAAACACGGAUAACUACGUCAAAAGGGUGAAGAACUUGUCAACGCUAUUUCCUGAUUUAGAUAUUUGGCAGAAUAUUGACCAGAUAGAAAUCAGUCGGACUUAUUACGAGCAGCUGUUCAAACGCAAACUCGGGGAGUCUCUGGACCAGUACUACAACAGGAUAAUGUACCAGGGCCUCAACGAGACUCCGGACCAGUACGUGAAGAGGAUUUCAUUCAUUCAAGCGCUGUUCUCCGACCUGGACCUGUGGACGAACCCGAGGUAUCUCAUGUUCACUGCCAAAUACUUCCUUCUGCUUUUCAAGCAGUUGCCAGGAGAGAGAACGACUUUGACUACUAUUCGAGGAUUUUCAACCGUAAACCUGGCGAGUCCAACGAGGAGUACACGAAGAGAAUAGACAUAAUAUACAAGAUCAAACCCAAUCUCAGGUUCUUAUUUAACAACGUGACCUACCUGAACUACACUCAAGACUACUACCAACAGCUGUACGGACAGAAAGAAGGAGAAAGCUACGACAAA